AUGGAUCCAUCACAUAAUCUAUAUUACCUUGCUCCGGCCACAGGCUUUCCUCAAUCACUUGCCCUUGGAAAUGGCAGAAUAGGCGCCAGUGUCAUUUCGAUUGUAGACGCCGACACAAUCCUACUGAACGAGGUUACCUUCUGGUCAGGGAAGCAUUACGAGCCGCAGAGCCAAUAUGGUGGCAAGGCCGCCAUCAAUGAGAUGCGUGAACGCUACAUCCAAAAGGAUUAUCAGGCCGUGCAAACCUUGGCAGAGAAAUGGUUGCAACCUCCGAAAGGGAACUUCGGCACGAAUCUAGGUGUUGGACGACUCAAAAUCAAGUAUUCUCUCUCUGAAGAAGUUCCUGGAGGCACUACCGAGAAAGGUAAAUUUGAGAGAGGUCUCAGGUUGGACGAAGGCAUUGGCUGGGUGUCCUAUACACCGGACGACUCUAAAAUGCAGAUUAGCAGGGAGAUGUUUGUCUCCCAUCCUCAUCAAGUCAUCGCUGUGAAGAUUUCGGCGAACAAGGGAGCUGGAAUCUCCUGCAACAUUGGAUUUGAAGGAGAGACCAAAAGUUGGUCGACCAAGAAACCAAGCGCGGCUGAGUUGGAAAUCCACACGCAAGCACUUGAGACUGUGCACAGUGAUGGGACUUGUGGUGUCAAGCUGCAUGGUCUGAUUCACCUCCAGUCUGAUGGCGAACUACAGUCUACAGAAGAUGUCAUUUCUGUGACGAACGCUUCCUCCGUGGUGAUAUUGACUGCUCUGAAUACGGAUUAUCAGGUCACACCUGGGGAGGACUGGAUUUCUCUGGCCCGAGCUCAGAUCCAGACUGCAUUCGAGGCCGGAUAUGACAAACUCAAGCAGUGCCAUACGCAAGACCACCACGACUUCUACUCUCGAGUGGAUCUUACGCUCGGCCCAACAUCUUCAACGUCACACGUUCCUACCGACCAACGCCAGAAAGUACUGGCAGCCUCAAAAGGGGAAUCCUCGGAGGAUUUAUCCCUUUACGCGUUAUACUUCAAUUAUGGUCGUUACCUCUUGAUUGCAGGUACUCGCUCCGAUUCUCCUCUCCCGCUUCAUCUGCAAGGCCUCUGGAAUGACCGGGAAGCCAAUGCGAUGAACUGGUCAUGCGACUAUCACCUUGACAUCAAUACGCAAAUGAAUUACUUUCCGCUCGAGCCAUGUGGACUGGGGGACGAAUGCCACCGGCCGCUUGCGAGGUACAUGCAGAAACUCGCGGAAGCUGGAAUCCAGUCUGCAAGGAAUUUCUAUGGCACCCAAAAGGGGUGGGUUGCGCACGUGUUUUCGAACGUCUGGGGAUUCACAGCGCCCGGCUGGGAAACAAGUUGGGGGCUCAAUGUCACUGGGGGCCUAUGGAUGGCCAUGGAGAUGAAAGAGCAUUGGGAGUAUACUCUCGACAAGGCAUACUUGAAGGGGUAUGCUUGGGACGUUUUGAGAUCCGCGGCCGAAUUCUUCUUGGAGCAUAUGUCCACCCCCGACCAAAAGACGGGCUAUAUGGUGACCGGCCCCUCUGUAUCGCCCGAAAACACGUUCUUUGUCGAGGAGCAGGGCCGACGUCAGGAGCAUGCAUUGAGUCUAUCCCCAACUCUAGAUGUGGCCCUAGUGAGGGACCUUCUGGCAUUCUGCGUCGAGGUCGCUUCGUCACUUGGCAGUCAAGACGCCACAAACAAAGACUUCAUCCAGCGCGUUAAACAGACCAUACCAAAACUCCCCCCACUCCAAAUCGGCAAGCAUGGCCAAUUACAAGAAUGGCUCGAAGACUUUGAGGAAGCCCAACCCGACCACCGCCACAUGUCGCACAUCGUGGCCCUCAUCCGCAGCAACCAGAUCAGCAAACGGCGCACGCCCGAACUCGCGGAAGCGGUGCGCGUCACGCUCGAAAGGCGCCGCGCCCGCGCCGACCUGGAAGACAUCGAGUUCACGGCCGUGCUGUUCGCAAUGGGCUUUGCGCGGCUCGACGACGGCGACGCGGCGCUCAAGCCCCUCACGCAUCUGAUCUCGGAGCUGUCGUUCCAAAAUCUGCUGUCCUUCUCCAAGCCCGGGAUCGCGGGGGCUGAGACAAACAUCUUCGUCGUGGACGGCAAUUUCGGCGCCACCGCCGCCGUGGCCGAGCUGUUGCUGCGGAGCGUGCAAGUCGGAGAGGUCGAGAUCUUGCCGGCUCUGCCCGAGAAGUGGGGGAAGAGCGGGCAUGUCAAGGGGCUCAGGGCAAAGGGCAAUCUCGUGGUUAGCAUCCAGUGGAGCGAGGGAAUGUUGGUCGAAGGGACGAUUCAGAAUGUCGGCCAGGACGCGCUGUCGGUCAGAGUCUACUACCGCGAGCGGUCUGUAGGGAUGGAACUGCAGCCCGCCGCCACAGUCCGGGUGGACCAAGAGCUUCUUGUGCGAUGA